AAAUAUUGUAGCUGGGAGUAAAAUGACGUACAAAUGGACAGGAAAGCUAGUAGGAAUCACCAUAGUCAUACUUGUUUAUGAAGACUCGGCUGUUCAUAGCAUGUCGGACUCACAAAAAAGAGAAACGAAGGAAACUGUUGAAGAAAUGUUUAAUCAUGCAUAUGGAUCUUACAUGAAAUACGCUUUUCCUGCUGAUGAACUGAUGCCAUUAAGCUGUAAGGGGCGGUAUCGUGGGACGGAGCCGAGUAGGGGUGAUGUUGAUGAUACCCUUGGAAAUUUUACUUUAACAUUAAUCGAUACCUUGGAUACAUUAGCUGUUCUGGGACAAGUUGAAAAAUUUGAAACAGCUGUCCAGUUAGUUAUUGAUUAUGCCAGAUUUGACAGUGAUAUUAUUGUGUCAGUGUUUGAAACUAAUAUUCGAGUUUUGGGGGGGUUAUUAGGAGGCCAUGUGAUGGCUGCUUAUUUUAAGAGGAAGCGGCGUGCCAUGGAAUGGUAUAACGGUGAACUGCUAGUGAUGGCUAAAGAAGUGGGAUACCGCCUUCUGCCAGCACUGAAUACAACCACUGGUAUUCCAUACCCCAGGAUUAAUUUAAAAUAUGGUAUGGAGAAAGAUAAGUUAGCACAGAGACAUAAGGACACAUGUACUGCUUGUGCUGGCACCAUGAUAUUAGAAUUCGCUGCAUUAAGUCGUCUAACGGGAGACCCGGUGUUCGAGGAGAAGGCCCAUAAAGUUAUGGACUAUCUAUGGCAGCAGAGGCACAGCUCCAGUGACCUCCUGGGAACGGUCAUUAACGUCCACAGCGGGGACUGGAUAAGGAGGGAGGCAGGUGUUGGGGCUGGCACUGAUUCCUAUUAUGAAUAUGUAUUGAAAGCUUAUGUUUUACUUGGUGAUGAGAAGUACUUGUACAGAUUUGAUAGGCAUUAUAAUUCCAUUAUGAAGUACAUGAGUAAAGGACCAAUGCUGGUUGAUGUUCACAUGCAUAAACCCACGUCAUCAGCCCGACAUUUCAUGGAUGCUCUCCUUGCUUUCUGGCCGGGAUUACAGGUCUUAAAAGGCGACAUCAGUCCUGCCAUUAAAACACAUGAAAUGCUGUAUCAAGUGAUUCAGAGGCAUAAUUUUCUACCUGAGGCAUUCACUACAGACUUUAAAGUCCACUGGGGACAACACCCUCUGAGACCAGAGUUUGUUGAAUCAACAUAUUUUCUGUAUAAGGCCACACAUGAUCCACAUUAUUUACAAGUUGGGCGAUUAAUUGUGGAGAAUCUGAACAAGCACGCUAGGGUGCCUUGUGGAUUUGCUGCCAUAAAGGAUGUGGUCACAGGGAAACAUGAGGAUCAACUAGACUCGUUUGUGCUGGCAGAGACCUUUAAGUAUCUUUACCUGUUGUUCUCGGAGGAGAGGGAUCUAGUGGUACCGGUCAAUGAGUACAUCUUCACCACUGAGGCCCACCUCCUCCCCCUGACCCUGUCCCUCGUCAACUCCUCCACAAUAGAAACAAAGGUGAAAACCAGUUUGUACGAUGUUAACCUGGAUGGACCUUUAUUACUGGAUCCUGAAGAGAACUCAGACCAGCAAACCUGUCCAAACCCACUCCACCUCAACAAGGGAACCACAUCCUAUGCAUUUGACAUUCGCACAGAACUUAAGGAUUACGUCAAUAAUGUACUCUCCCCAGGGGACAGUUGUAUUCGACCAAGUCCGAGGUUACAUGCUGCAGACUUUGUGAUAAGUAACAGAGAACACCAGGAGCUGAUCAACAGGAUGGGAAUCAAGAUCUCUACCAUGAGUGAUGGAAGACUUCAGCUCCUCCACUCUGCUGGCUCUGCUGCCUCAAAGCAAGAUGCAGAGGAGGGAUUAGAAUUUAUGAAAGAAAUGAUUGAACUGUCUCAAAAUGCACAACAUGACCAUCAACAAGAACCAAUGACUGUACAGUUUGUGUCCAACCCGUUCCAUGGAUCAGUAUCGUUAAAGGCAGGACCUGCUCAGUUUGGAUACAACCUUAAAGUGAAUCCUCCAAUUUUUGGCCAGGUGGCGAUUGUCACACCAUAUGAUGCUUGCCACACCAUACAGAACCCUCGUGACUUGGAGGGAAAGAUUGGGGUGCUGGAGAGGGGAAGUUGUAUGUUUAUGGACAAGGCCAGGCGUUUACAGGCAGCAGGUGCUAUAGGAGGCAUUGUCAUUGAUAACAACAAAGAAAGUACUGCAGAGUCAAGUUUGUUAUUUGCAAUGUCUGGAGAUGGCCAGUCAGAUGUGGUGAUCCCCCUUGUCUUCCUGUUCUUUAAGGAGGGACAGCGGUUAUUGGACGCGGCUUACGAGUACCCAGACUUAGAGCUUUUAUUGACGUACACACCUAAAAGUGACGUGGUUUUCAAUACAGCCAAUAGUGAAAAAGCAGAACCUUUAAAUCCAGGUGACUCAGAGAAAAAGGAAGUCCCAACAGAAAUCCACACCAAAGUACAAGUGGAAGCUCCACCCUCCACAGAAUCCACUCAGGUGGAGAGUUCUUCUAAUGACAAAUCUGCAGAACUGAACACCCAGGCUACUAAACAUGUCCAGUCUGUGGAAGCUUUAGAAUCUCUAGGAAAAACUACAGACACAUACAGCUGCAGCACUCAAUAUGGCCCAGCAUUUUUGUCUGUUUUUGCCACAACACUGCCAGGGGAGAAUAGUUUUACAAUAAUUCGCAAUAAGGAUAAUACAGUGGACUUGAGGUUUCAUCUUUUCCAAGUCACAGAAAACAGAAAACCAGAAAUAAAUACUUUAUAUGUUCAGAUAGUGGAAAUAUUACGCCAGAGAACAAACUUUCUAUUGCUAGAAAAACAAGAGGAAUAUUUAAUAGCUCUGGCCAGAAUGCUAGAAGCAGCCAUUUUUCAGGUAGAUAUUAGCCAUGAUACAGGGCAAAAUAUUUUAAAACUGACUGGACUUCUUCAAGUAGAGGAGGACCCCAUUAUAAUCUCAGGACCUAAAGAUAUGGUGGACGGUGCUUCACAUUUAUACACUUCACAGAGCAAAGACAAAAAUCAAAGUUUUUCUUGCAAGAGGACUAAUCCAUUACUGAAAUUUAGUGAAAGACAUUGUCCACUUCAGAAAAACAGGAAAGUGACCAAAGUGGACAGUAUACCACAAAAACAAGCCAGCGACGGAGUUUAACGCAUUUAGAGAAUAUGUUUUAUUUUGUAAUUUAUAAAGGAUUAAGUAUAAUUGUGCAACAUCAUUCUGGAAGCUGGACAAGUCAGGAAAAAUUAAAUUUGCUGGUAUAUUCAAACAAUUUAAUGUAAAAUUAUUAAUUGGCAUUCUUUGAUAUACACAUUGGAGUGAUCUGUACAUCUGGAAGCAUCUCAUCCAUAAUUCGGAGACACCUUGAAAUUCAAUAUAUUUCAAAAGUAUAAGAAAAAAGUAAUUCAGUUAAAAAAAAAUAAAAUAUAAAACAGAAUGUUGAUUAAAACAUGACCAGUUUUAUUUUGAUCCUCAGUAGAUUUUAACAUACAUAUAUUUAGUUGCACAUAAAAAUCUAGGUUCUAUUCCUAUGUACAAGUCAAAACUCAUAUUGAAUAACUAAGACUGGUAGAGUUUUAAUCUUUGUUUUCUGAUUGUAAAGGAUAUUUACAUUUAUUAAAGUUUGGCUUAUUAGGAGGGAGCUUUGAAAUGUGAUGAGUAUUGGUAGAUAUAUCUGAUUUAUUUAAGUUUGGUUACAUGCUCCAGUAUUAAGUGUACCUGUGGGUGACUCUAAGAGACAUUUUGUCUUUGAUUGUUUUUGUCUCAUGGCAAGUAAUCGAGGCAGAAUGAUAUAAUAAGAAUAAGUUUAUUUCAUUUGGAAGUGCCUCUAAGUUGUAAACAAUCAAGACAUAUAUUUUGUAUGUUGUGUAAGUUGAACAUGUAUAGAGCUGUCCAUAAGUAUUGAUAAACAAAGUGAAACUUUGAAAUUCUUUCCAGAUUAUUAGCUUUAUGUGAGGUUUUUUUUAAAAAAGAAUUUGGUGCAUUUUAUGAAAUUUAUGUAAAGCUUUUACAUUGGAAGCUGAUGAAACAGUUGUGUCAUAUUUGAUGAUGUCCCUUGUUUUUGACAUAAGCUGAUGUUUUUUAGAUUUAACAUUUUGAAUGCAAUAUAUGUUCUUGUUUUACUAAUUAAUUUUCAAUUAAUGCCUCAUUCAGUAUUUGCAUAAAAGGAAUAAUUAACUGGACACCACCAUAGAACAUGCAAAAAUGAUGUAACAUGACUGCUAUUGUAAGAAGUUGAUAAAAAUCUUUUUGAGACACAACUUUAAGCACUGAAGCUUUGAACCCCAGUCUAAAAACUUGGUGUUAAGCAUCGUAGUAUUUUAAAAUGUUACAGAUAAUUUUAUUUUAUAUAUGUAAAAUUUUUACUUGAAUUAUGAAUAUGAAUUCAGAUUAGUCAAGUAUUUCUUUCAUAAAUGUAUGAUUAUACAAAAGGUUCACUAAACUCAGCAAGUAACCUCUCUGUUUCAGCAUCAUAAAUUAAACAGAGGUAAACAUUUCGGAAUGUACUAUUUUUAAUUUUUCUACCAGAAGAAUUAUUUGAACUACAGUUAGGUAAUAUUGUUUUCCUUGUAGUUUGUCUUCAGUAGAACCAGCUGACAUUUUUCAUCAUCAGUAAAGUUUCUCUGAUAAAAUAAUAAUUUAUAGAUAACUUGAUAGAAGAAGUCUUGAAUUUCUUCUUGAUUUGAUAUAUUUAUUGUUUUAAUUGACAUAUCCUUUUUUUUGUUUAUAGUUGAACCUCAUAAAUUAAUGCCAAUAUAGUCAUAGUGUGUGAGGGUGUGAGGGUGUGUGUGAUAGAGAGAUAGAAAAAUUAUCAUAUUUCAUUGAUUUCAUCAACUGGAUAAUCUCUUUAGUUGAUUGAACAAAAUGAGAAUAUUGUCAAAAGGAAAACAAACUGCCAAAUCUCCUUCCACAGUAAUAUGCAAUGUUCAAAAACACUGAAUUAAUUUCAAGACAAAGAUUUGUGUUUGUUGUUUUGUGUUUUUAAACUGGUUGUAAAUUAGAGAUAGAUAUUAAUGUUUUUAUUUCCUGCUCAUACAGAAAUCACUAACUUCCAGUAUCUGCUAUGUACAGUUUUAUUCCAAACUAGAUUUCCAUUGAAAGAUAUAUUGAAAAAAAAUACAAAUAAACUCUUCUGUGUAAAAGAUAAGACAAUUUGUUUGUGGUACAUGUAUGAAGUUUUGUUCCUGUAAAGUUUCAGGGAACAUUUUCAAGGAUCUAUUUUUACAUUUUGCAAAAUUGAAAUUUCCAAACUAGAUUUUCAUUGAAAGAAAUAUUGAAAAAAAUACAAAUAAACUCUUCUAUGUAAAAGAUAUGAAAAUUUGUUUGUGGUACAUGUAUCUUUCUGAACCCUCUAUACACCAAAGAAUAACGUUUUUUAAACUCUGGAGAAAUUAUAUAAAGAUAUAUAUAUUGAAUUUCAAUUUUCAGCUAAGGGUACCUGCCAUUUGCCCACCAGGAAAAAAUAUUCAAAGUGUUGAACUAUAAUCACUAUUGCUUACUUAAAUGAGAAAAGUAAUUGCACAUAAAGUGUUCAAUUAAUUCAUCCAGACCAAAUGAAAUAUUAAGAAUGCUUGAAUUGAUUACAAAUUAAGUAAUGAACUUCAGAUUUCAAUUUAUUUUGUAUAAGAUCUAAGGGCAGAUCAGUUUAACUGCAAUAAAAUACCAUGAAAUUUAGAACUCUUUAGUGUGCUGUGUAUAGACGGUUCCUUAUGUCAUAAUUCUUAGUAGUAAGAUUAGAACACCAUUAAUUCACACUUUCAGAUGUAGGCCUAUAAGACAAAUACCCUAAAUGUAAUGCAUGUUAAACAACAACUUUAAUUACUAAUUCUCUGUAUAAUGAUGCAAACUGUGCUCAUUUUUGGUGCAUUUUAAUUAAGGCAUUGUAUUUCCUUACAUUUAAAACAAAGUACACUCUCUGUGUAUCUAUGUAUGUGCAGUUCAAUUAAAUCCAAGUAUUUGUCAUUGACCCUUUUAUUUCAUAUCAUCUGUUUGAUUUUUUGAUUCAGUUCAUUUCAGUGAUUCAAACAUUGUACAACCAGGUCUUGUAUAAAGAGGUAUUAAUGGUAUUACACUCACAAGUGAGUUAUAUUUAGCUUUCAGAUCUAAAUUGUAAGAAAUAAAGCCACAUUGUCUUCUGAAUGUUACAUUUUUUCUCUCUGUGUGUUUAAAAAAUUGAAAUAUUUCUUGAGAAAACAAACCCUUGUUUUUCAGUGCAUAUACCGGUAGUAAUCUAGCCUUUUGAUUAUUUGAACAAUACAUGUCAUUUUUACUAUAUAUUGAAAAAAUAAAAAUUAAUAAUAAAAAAGAAUAAAA